AUGGCGGCUGUGUCGUACAAGACCCCCGCAGGUGUCGUGGAGAAUCAAGAUGACUCUGCGACCGUUUGCUCCUCGCAGUGGGGGCCAACCGAAAUGACCGCCGUUUCGGUAACAGGUCCGAGCAAAGCCGUGUCAAGCGCCCCCCUUUUGCCUCCGACUGACGACAAAAAUGUGCGUGCGGUAAGAACGCCGAUUAAGAUGGAUCCGGGUGCUGAGAAGUCGCCGAUCACUUACCGGUUGACACCGCUUCAAGACACGUGGGCGCCCUCGAGAGCGUUUCGUCAAAACCGAACCCCAGAGAACCUUGUCUCCAUCCCAGAACUGCUUUUUGGGCUCGUUGACAAGAUGGCCGAGCUUCUGCGUGACACUUGCGGUGCACCCGUCCGUCCCGAAGAGCUUUAUUUCUACGAGUAUGGCCCCCCUCAGCAGGAACUGGUGUGGAGACGUCCGUAUGUCUCAACAGCAGCCGUUCCGCGCCCCCUCGUUACGCCGCAACCUCAGCCGAUUUAUACGGUGGUGCCUGUCCAACCUCAGACGGUUCCUCCACCUGCGCACACGGUAAUUGUGGUACGACAUCCUGCACAACCCAAACCGUGGGCCGUUCGUGAGGUCGGCAUUUGUCCCCUGGCUGAGCGAGCCGGGAUCCGUGCUGAGCCGGCCGGGAUCCGGGCUGAGCCGCAGAAAAUGCUGUGCUUUGGGCAUCAAGGCGACGAGAGGAAGCUAUGUUUCGGUCUGUUGACGCUUCCUCCUCGCCAAAUCAAAUACGAUAUCGUUGUCGAGAGGGUCUCGACGUGUCUCGGUCUGUGGUCAAAGGACACGUUUGUGGCCGUUUGCCGGAAAUGUCGCAAGCGUCUUAGCACCUGUCCACACUGCCACAAGCAGAGCGUUGUUUUCCACCCAUGA